AUGUUAGCUACAGUUUUAAAGAGUGAUGAAUCACAACGUUUAUUAAUGGCAAUUGAUACAAUGCGAGAAACAUUACGUGAAGAAAAAAUAGCUCUACCUGAAAUCGUGGUAGUUGGAGAUCAGUCAGUGUUACCACGUGCACAAGAAAUUUGUACCCGUUGUCCACUGGAAUUAAGGAUGAAAUCAACAACGGGUCAAGAAUAUGCAACGAUACGUGGAAAAGAAAUAAACGAGACAAAAAUAACGAAUUUUAAUCUUAUAGCGGAAGAAGUAACAAGAUUAACAAAACUAAUAGCUGGUACAGGGACAAAUGUUAGUUCAGAACCAAUCUAUCUAACCGUACAUAAGCGUGAUGUACCUGAUUUAACAUUGAUUGAUUUACCUGGUAUUACCAGAAAUCCGUUGAAAGAUCAGCCGAAAGAUAUUCAUUUGCAAAUACUGAACUUGAUUAAAACGUAUAUUGAACCAGAAACAGCGAUUGUUUUGCAUGUGAUACCCGCGUCGGUUGAUUUUACCACAUCCGAAUCAAUGAAAGUGGCCAAAGAAUAUGAUCCUAAAUGUCGCCGUCAAGCGAUUGCUGUCAGUAAAAUUGAUAAAUACGACAAGGGUAUUGACAGCAAAUUGCAAGGACACGGCCCUGGCAGUAUGAAACUCGACUUGGGCUGCGUUGCUGUUUUAAAUCGGUCACCAGAAGAAAUCGAGCAGAAUGUUUCAUUUGGCGUGAUGAGACAACGAGAAAAGCAAUUUUUUCUUGAUCAUCCGGAUGCUUUUCAAAAUGUACCUGAAGAAUGUAAAGGCAGCGAACAACUGGUGAAGAAACUAGCUCAUAUUCAGCAAGAACGUAUUCUUUCAACAGCUCCAAAAAUUAUCCGUGAUUUAAAACAACAAAUCAAAGCAAUGAAAGACAAACUAAAAGCAAUGCCUGUUGCUGUAACAUCCGAAGCAGAAUGUUGGAUAAAAUUCAAUGAAUUAAUCAAAGAAUAUAGAGAAUGCAUACGAUCAAAAGUCAACGGAGAUUAUCAAAAUGAAUCUGCGAUACCAAUGAUGAUGGAGGACGCAAGUGAAGAUGAACGGCUGGAAGAAACCGAUGAUGAAGAGAUAUGUCAAGUGAGCAGUCCCAUAGUGGAUUUCCAAUCACCGGCAGUUUCAAGAAAAACCGAUGACCGAAUUGCCUAUCAAGUAUAUCAAUGUCAACGAAAUUUUCAAAAAGCAGUUCGUGAUUGUUUUUCAAAUUUUUUUUCACAGAGUUAUUACAAAAAAGUAUUAGCUAUGUUGGACGAAGCAGCUGGUGUUGCUCUGCCUAAUUUUCCAUCUUUUCAAGUAAUCGAACGUCUGUAUCGUUUGGAGUACGAAAAACUACCGUAUAUAUGCCACAAAUUAAUUUCUGAUAUAACAGAAUAUUUAAAAACAGUGUUACUCUGGCUAUUUAAUGAGACAUUUGAAAAAGCAACCAACUAUCCCCGAUUGGUUCAACGUUUACGAGAUGUAGUUGAAAAAGAGAUUGAAGCAGCACAACACCUGUGCAGCGAACACGUUGAACGUCAGUUGAAAAUGGAGCGACGGGUGUUCACACUAAAUCACUAUUAUAUGGAUACGGUCAAUAAACAAAAAGCAAAAAAAGUCAAAAAAGAUAACGAAGCAGCAUCUGCCGCCGCUUCCACC